AGGUUCUUUCAUGUGUGCCGUCACGACUUACUUCUCUGCCAUCUUUCUGCAUUUGUAGUAGGAGGUUAGGCACUAAAGUGAAGAUGAGCGUCAUCCGCAACCUCUGGAAUCUGCUGGUGAUUCACAGCGUAUUCGUGUGCGGCGACAUUCAGUUCCUGGAGAGGCAGGAGGGUGAUUCGGUGGAGCUCCCCUGCGCCAUCGAGCCCAGGAGCCGCUCAACUUUGGGCUUCUACCUGAAGCGCACGUGGCUUCACCCAGGCUCAGUGCUCUUCAAAUACACCGGCAGCGAUGCGCGCGUGAACGCCGCCGCCGACGAACGGCGCCUGGCGGUCGGAGGUGACCCGAGCAGCCACUCUCUGACCGUCACCUUGUCCGAGCUGACGGUCAACGACACGGACCGCUACUAUUGCGAGUUUGUGGUGGCCAACCCGUCGUCUGAGGACGAACGCGUGCCGGGAGACACCGAAUUUUUCCUCCUGGUCAAUGCCGUGGAAAUAGGGCGUAUUGAGGUUUGUGCGGGGGGCUCGGCCGUCGUCCCCUGUCUCCCCCCUCGCGGCGAGGACCUUCCGGUGGAGGGCGUGAGCCUGACGCGGCGGAGGGGCCGAGCACCCGCGGAGCUGCUCUACCACACCAAGCGGCACCUCGGCGACGGGCCCGCGUCCGCCUCCUCUUCGUCUUCGCGCUUCCAGCUGCGGUCGGCCCCGGGCCCCGGGGGCUUCACGUACAACCUCACCCUGCGACAUCUGCGGCCCGAGGACGGCGGGCUGUACAGCUGCCAGCUCCUCCUGCGCGGCCGCCCCGACACUCGCGUCUCGCUAGACACGAGGCGAGCCGUCUUUGUUUCGGUGGAAGGUCCAUGCGGCUGCUCCAACUACCCAACUCUGCUGUACGCGUUGUCCUCGGCGGUGUUGGUCCUCAUCGUGCUCCUCAUGUUAACGCUCAUCUAUCACAAACGAGCACGCAGCCGGGCCGCCUCACGCCCUCCGGCGCCCAUCUACGAGGAGAUGGCCGGCGUGAAGACCCUCAGCACCAAGCUGGAUGAUUGCGAGGUGUCCGAGUACAGGAACUGCAAAAGGAAGAAAACCUGCCCGGAAAACCAUUAUGAAACUCCCAUUAGGUCAGCUUUCUAAAUAUCACGAGCUCCCUGGUCGUAAUAUUACUUCUUUUUUUCCUUUUUUUUUUUAAAGAAAUACACAACUCACAAAUGGAGAAAAAAAUAUAUAAUUUUUUUGUGCCUUUUAGAGCUUUUUCAUUCAUAUUGAAAGUUGUCGUGACGACAUUUAACGUGGGAAGGACGCAAUUUAGUCACGGUGAUGAGAUUAAAGUCAUCAUGAUGACAUUAAUUGAUGCGAGGAUCCCGGUUAACAGUGUUAACAAAUAACAUCAACCAUUGAAAACAGGCGGUCGGUCACGUGGGACUCGGCUGCUACGCCAGGAUACGCUGACGUCAAUUGUUAAUUUUGAUGUUAACUUUACAUUAACCAGGAUCCUCAUGUCAAUUGUUGACUGUAAAUGUCAUCAUGAUGACUUCAAAUAGCGUCCUGUCGACUUUAAAUGUCAUCAUGCUGACUUUCGAUCACAUCUCAGCUAUUUUUCUCUCUCUCAUUAGGUGACCCUAAUGGGCUGUUGUACGAUUAAGCUCUUUUAAAACAUUUUAAAAUCUUCUUUCAAAUCUUUUACAUGCACUGUACGUUCUUUGAGUAAGCUCUCUUUCAUUUCUGGACUUUGUGUUUUUAAAUGUUUUUUUUUUUUUUUUUUUUGCUCAGCUUUUUAAAUGGUUUUAAUCAUCUCAUGUCAUAUGAAAUGCGCUAUCUAAAAACUGCCUUGCGAUACGAGUGACCAGUCGGGGCUGUGAACUCAACUCACGUCACAAUAAGCAGUUGGCAAUAGAUGGUGAACAAUUAAUAAUAAUAAUAAAAAAAGAGAGACUUUGAGCUGUUUAUUGCCAUUCCCAGUUGACGUUUACUGUCAAACUAAACAUCAAACAAAGAGAAUUACAUUGUUUAGCAAAGACAAUGUUUUCAAAUUUUUCUGUGUGUUAUCUAUUUGAGUUUGAUUUCAUUUACUAUUUGAUUUGAUAUCAAUGUGUACCACACUUUGGUCGACAUUUGUACUGUAGUUUUAAAACGUGCUCAUGAAUAAACUUGACUGUGUCCAAGAAAUAA